CCCCGUCCAGUUGGUCUCGUGCGGUUACUAAACACGAGCGUUCUCGCUCUCUACUUUUUUUUCGAUCCAGGUUCCGCAGGGAGAGGCACACCGCCGACGUGGAGAAAGGGGAUGGGAAGGACGGCAAGGACGGCAAGGAGGGCGAGUCCUCGCACUCGAGGAAACUCUCCGCCGCCGACGAAGGCACCGCCACCAAAGGUCGACCCGGAAAGUGGGGACGAUUGUUAGGAAGCGCGAGCCUGGACUCGGGUAGCGAAACAGGAACAGGCGUGGACACGUUCAAGCGGUCGUUGAGCGCACGGGACGCGCGUCCAAGCUCGAGCGGCGGCAGCAACAAGGUGUUCCCGAAGUUCGGCAAGCUGACCGGGACGAUCGAGGAGUCCGGUGACGGGGACACCGGUAAGGAGAGUAGCCAGCAGCAGCAGCAGCAGGCGAGCGCGGCGGACUCGAAACAGCUGCAGCUGCGUCGACUGGAGAGCUACGACGACGGUCUGAUCAGCACGCAGCCGAGCCACGACAGGGAGAUCCUGGCCGCGGUGCUCGAGGUGAAGGUAGACCUAAAGCUGGAGGUGCAGCGCGUGAACCAGAGGCUAGCAAAGAUAGAGGACAUGCUGCAGAUGCUGAUGAGCCGGCUGCCCACCGUGAGCCCGCAGCAGCAGAAGGCCGGCUUCCCGCCGGGCAGCAACGGGUCCGGGCAAAGUCAGCCGUCCAGCCAGGGCCAGAGUUCGUCGAGCUGCCAGCAGGCGACCCAGACGAACGGCGGGAUCGGCGAGCAGAAGGUCUCGAUAGCGACCACGUCCACGUCGACGAUGGCAGGGGAAGGCUACAGGGAGCAGGGCACGACCACCGAGCGCAGCUCCAAGUCCCAGGAUCAUCAUCAUCACCAUCACCAUCACCACGAACCGUCCUCGGGCAGGCUGAAGGACUCGGACUACAAGAGCUCGUCCAGGGAGGUCAGCAAGGAGCUGCUGGAGAGGCUCGCGCAGGCGACCACGUCCAGGUCGGACGACGCCGCGCCGCUGGGCCCGUUGAUCCUGAGGAAGCGCAGGAGCAAAUCGCGGAACAAGGGGGCCGCGCCGUUGGCGCCGCUGGCCAGCCAGCCGAUCAGCCCGUCCGAGGCCACCGAGACCACGCAGAUGCUCGAGUGCACCGACGACAGGGAGCAGCAGUCCUCCGCCGCCGCCGAGAGGAGCGACAGGAAGAGGCCUCCACCCAGGCCCAGAGAGUACUUGUGAAAGUUCUUGUGGCUCCGGUCGGUUGUCUCGUGGCUCCUCCUCUGAGGGGACGGGGAGGGGAACUGUGACAGGGCUCCGAGGUCGGAGAACUUUGUAUCAGACUCGCGGUGUGUCGCUCGGAUAGGGGGUUCGCAAAGGCGACCACCCGGAACGAGCAGCCACGCGAACCGGCUGGGUGAAUCCCGUGUCGGAACCACCAC